UUUUAAAAUAAUUUAUCCAAAAAAUCUUAUCGAUGGUCGUCAUAAUGAUUCAUUUUGUAAUGAUGAUGGUUCAAUAAUUUUUCUUGAUUAUAGUCUAACAUGGAAUGCAUAUGUUACUGUUUGUCAGAAUAAUCUAAUCGAUGUUGAACCAAUUAAUUAUAGCCAAACAACUCGAUUGAAUGUUUUACAAUUUCAAGUAAAAAAAUUAGAACAUUUUGCAUUCGAUUGGCUACAUGGAUUAUUAUAUUAUUCAACAGUAAUGGAUGGUAUCAAUGUGAUUGAUUUGAAAAAGAAUGAAUUAGCUACAUUUCCGAUAUAUCGUGCAACCGGUUCGAACACUGUAAACGGUUUAAUUGUUCGUCCAGAUUUAACAAAAUUAAUGUGGCUUGAAACAUAUGGAACCGAUACAAUUAUGAUGGAAUCAGAUCAGAAUGGUAAACGAUCAUCACCAUUAUUCAAUAUAAGUCGAACAAUUUAUACGGAUCUUUAUUAUGAUCCUUAUGGUAAUCGAUAUCUACUUGUUAUGCCACAAACACAAGCGACAAAAAUUUCCGGAAUGAUUAUCAUUGAUUUUAAUGAAAAAACUAUUUUAAAAUCAAUUAAUUUUGAAAUAAAUUUUUCAAGACAAAAAAAUUGGCAAACAAAAAAUGUUCGAAUUCGCGAUGAUUGGCUUUAUUUUUUCGUAAAACAAUCCCAAUAUAUUGGUCAUAUUUAUCGUUGUUCAAUUUCAUCACAGAAUUAUACACAUGGAAUGAAUGAUUCAAUUUCAAUAAUAAUCGAUAAUAUUCAUUUAACAUCAUGUAUAGUGGUUACAGGUGAUAAUUCACGAUCACCAUUUAUAUUAUAUGAUCCAAUGAUUAGAAAAGAAACAAAUUGGAAAAAACAUUGUAAUGAAAAUGUUUGCGUUCGUCAGGAUAUCGAUUUUUGUAUUCCAAUCAAUCAAACACAUUCACAAUGUACAAAUGGUGAAGUAUUCGAAAUCAACAAAAAUCAUAAUGAAAUGUUAAUCUAUAAGAUUAUUAUUUCGGUUUUAGCAUCGAUCAUCAUUCUUAUUCUAAUAAUUUAUUUUCUAUUCUUUUCCAAACAACGUGCACGAUUCUAUCAGAUACGAUUGAAAAAAUUAAACCGUGUUGAAUCAUCAAAAUUACAGAUGAAAACGCCGGCAACCAAUGAAAUUGCUGAAUGAAAUUAUAACCAAAAAGAAAAAAUCCAAUUAUUUACCAUUGCAUCAUUUUCAUAAGCAAAAAAAAUUCAUUAAAUUCAUUAAAAUUCCAUUGAUUUUAUUAUUUACAAUAAAA